AUGGGAGCGAGUGGCCCUGCUGGUCCUCAGUGUUCUCCUGGCAGCUGCCCUCACAGCUCUUGGUGUAACCCUUUUUCAAAACUCUUCACAUUCAAAGUCACUGCAGCUUCCAGAUCUAAAGUAACCAAUGAUUUCCUUUGCUGUUAUCUCUCCAAAGAUGAAACAUGUCCGAGGUGUGAGGACGGCUGGGAGCCACAUGGAGGAAAGUGCUACUUCUUCUCCUCGGUUACUUUAACCUGGAAUGAGAGUAGAACACAAUGCAUAUCAAUGAGUGGAGACCUGGUUGUGAUAAACAACAGAGAGGAGCAGAGAUUCCUGGAGUCUAGAGUGAGAGGAAAAAUGGACACUGAUGACAAGUUCUGGAUCGGACUGACAGACUCAAAGAACAAGGGUGAAUGGCUUUGGGUGGACGACACACGACUGGAUUCAAGUGUGAAGUUUUGGCUUGGCAACAAUCCAGACGACUGGAGAGGGGAGAAACCUGAUGGAGAGGACUGUGUGAGGAUGGGGAAAGAAUACCUGAUGUCCUGGUUUGAUAAAUCCUGCGGAACGUCUCAAAAAUAUAUUUGUGAGAAACCAGAAAAAGCAUGAGCCUGAAAUCCAGUUGGAUCAGAUUGAGCUCGAGUCCUCAGCCACUUUCACAAACUGAGACAUGAUGCUUUAUUAAUUAAGAUCUUCUCCAGACAGAAACAACUCUGUAUAAUAUCUAGAGUCUCAUAUGUUCUUCAGUUUCCUUGUUAUUUUAAAGUGACGUCUAC